GAUUGUAUUAUAUGCCUUGAAUGUUGCGUCAACCGUCAUAACGGCCAUGAUCUGACUACCUUGCCAUCGCUACCUCGUUCUUCUUACCCAUCACCACCCGUUGCUUCAUCUACUCCUCGUAAUGAUUCACAACGAAGCUUGCCUUGGGGACGUUUUUUGAGAACUGAACGGCAACGUGGGCAAGGACGAAGCGCACAUAGACGAGUUAAUAGGCCUAAACGGGAUCACAGUAAACCACGAGUUCCGAUUGCAUCUUCCGUGAUUGAUGACGAGUUGGUGUACGAAGCUAGGAGUCCUCUCUACUACCAAAUACAGCAAUCUGCAGUUGAGGACAUCUCUGUUAGCACUAGCAUUGCCAAGCAGCUGUCAGGGCUCGUAAUAAGUGUCACUGGUGUUUGCAAUACAACAUCAAAGCAAGAAGAACCUGUUUAUCCGCAAAAAUCGGCGAAUUCGCUCGAUAGCGGUAUAUUGGCGACAAGUGACGGAAGCACUGCAGACCGUAGAGAUGUGUCUCCCUAUCAAAGUAUAUCUCCAUACGCUGCCGCUUUUCCUGGAUAUUCGCUCUGCUCAACGUUAAAGUUGGAGAAGAAUGAGUCAUCGUCCAUAUAUCAACGUGUGACACCUAUUCUUAGAUUGAAAGGGAUCUUUGCCAAAAAACCGUCAUCCAUUCCAUGUCUGAGAUCUUAG